GAUUUUUAAUAUCUUACACGUCUGCCCCCGAAGUUGUGAACCUGGACUUCUCCAUACACAUAAUACAUAGCUUCAUUUUAUAACGUUGACUUCUUCCACCUAUGACUACUCCCUACGACGUCGUAUUCGCAGCCCCCUGAAAAAUGCAUCGUUUUUCCAAAGGAUAAAUAUAAAGAAACACAAGGAGCUCCUGCACUGUAUACACUAUACAGCUGAGCGAGUUUGUGAGGUGGAUAGGGCCGCAAAUUAAUGGCGUCGCUAGUGAACAAGCCCUUCACUUCCAUGUGUACGGCCAACAAGUCGGAGCUCUUGUUUCCGGAAUUUCGCUCUGGCAGGCGCUGCCGUAUUCCAUCCGGGAGGACCGGUAAUAUUAUCAGAAUUGCUAGCAGGGGUGGCGUCGGUCGGAAAUUUCGCGGUAGUGACUGCGGGGUUGUGUGUAAAGCGGCGUCUCUUGAGACGGAGACGGAGAUUGAGGGUUUCAACAUCGCCGAGGAUGUUACUCAGCUUAUUGGGAAGACACCAAUGGUUUACCUGAAUAACAUCGUAAAAGGUUCUAUGGCAAAUAUUGCUGCGAAGCUUGAAAUCAUGGAGCCAUGUUGCAGUGUCAAGGAUAGGAUAGGAUACAGUAUGAUUGCUGAUGCUGAGCAAAAAGGGCUUAUAACUCCAGGAAAGUUUAAUCCUUCUGUACCUAUAAUGGCAUCACAUAAUCAUGUUCACAUCAAUCAUUAUCUUCCGCUGAGUAUACUGGUUGAACCUACAAGUGGAAAUACGGGAAUUGGCCUUGCAUUCAUUGCUGCUUCAAAAGGCUACAAGCUUAUCCUGACAAUGCCUGCAUCUAUGAGUCUUGAGAGAAGGGUUCUUCUAAAAGCAUUUGGAGCAGAACUAAUUUUAACUGAUGCUGCCAAAGGCAUGAAAGGAGCUGUUCAAAAAGCUGAAGAAAUACUAAACAGCACCCCAAAUUCGUACAUGCUUCAACAGUUUGAGAAUCCUGCGAAUCCCAAGGUUCACUAUGAAACCACUGGCCCAGAGAUUUGGGAAGAUACGAAAGGCAAGGUGGACAUACUUGUUGCGGGAAUUGGUACGGGUGGAACCAUUUCAGGUGUUGGUCGUUAUCUAAAAGAAUGCAAUCCUAACAUUAAGGUUAUUGGUGUGGAACCCACUGAAAGCAAUGUAUUGUCUGGUGGAAAACCUGGCCCUCACAAAAUUCAAGGGAUUGGAGCAGGUUUUAUCCCAAAGAAUCUAGACCAGGACGUGAUGGAUGAAGUUAUAGAGAUAUCAAGUGAUGAAGCUGUGGAAUUUGCUAAGCAGUUAGCUCUUCAAGAGGGCCUUCUGGUGGGUAUUUCUUCAGGAGCAGCUGCAGCUGCAGCUAUUCAGGUUGGAAAGAGACCUGAAAAUGCCGGAAAACUUAUAGCGGUUGUGUUUCCUAGCUUUGGGGAGAGAUACUUGUCGACAGUUCUUUUCCAGUCUAUACGGGAAGAAGUUGAGAAGAUGCAGCCUGAAGUGUGAAUACGAUAGUCCCUUUUGCCAAAGUUUUAUUUUUCCUGCAAAUAAAUGUUCGUCUAGUUGGAUCGGUAGUGACACAUUCAGUUUUGUGCAUUACUGAACAUUUGCGUUUUCUUCCGAUUACUCGGGAUGCCACAGAUAGGUGAAGAGUCAUUUGUGUCAUUUAAAUAUCUCCAAACAAGAGUAGGUUCAGUUCAAAUCAUUUGUGUGCUUAUAAGCUCAAGUGAUUAACCUAUAAAGUAACAAAUAUGGGUUUAUGCAUUUGGUUCUGUUAUCACUUAUUCGUCUCCAUCUUUUCUUCUUUUCUCUUCUUUUUUUUUUUUU